AUGGUUAAUUUCCCCUCAAUACGUCUGCUUAAAUGCACUGUUGGAUCUGCAUUUUGUUCAGUGCCGUUUUCACGUUUAUUAUCAAAUACAACUACUUAUCCGGAGUACGGAAUUACAAAUAUUCAAGAUGAUAGUGAUUUUGACAAACGUGUAUUAAAUAAUUCCGCACCCGUCAUUGUUGACUUUCAUGCUAAAUGGUGUGGACCUUGUAAAAUUUUAGGUCCAAGGUUGGAAAAUAUAAUGAAAUCGUAUAUGAAUUCUGUGCUACUCGCUAAAGUUGAUGUCGAUCAGUUAGAUACUGUUGCCGAAAAAUAUAAGAUUAAAGUUGUUCCAACUGUGAUUUCCAUCAAAAAUGGCAAAGAAAUUGAACGUUUUGAAGGAGCCAAAGAAGAGGAAUUCAUUAGACGUAAAAUAGAAUAUGUAUUAGCGCAUAAUGGUUAGACGCGACAAUUCAAUAUAAUAACGUCUGAAUUGAUAAUUUUCUUCAACUAAUCAACCAAUUAAUAGAUUUCCUAUUGUUCCCUUGUUAUUAAAUAUUUUAGGAUGUUUUAUGUGUGCAUCUCUUAAAAUGUAUGAUUGUUAUAUAUGAAACUGGUUGCAUUAAGUUUAAGUGUAACUAUACUUGAUCAUUAUUGUGUGCUUUUUGUUUCCUGUAAGUGAAUGAUAUCUUCAAACUAGUCAUAGUUUAAUGAAUGAAAAAUUAUUGAAAUAA